CCUUUGUUUUCAGCAGAAGAAAGAAAGUCAUACCGGUUUGGAACGACACAAGGGAUACGACUGUAACAGACGGCAGCUCUUUCAACGCCUCCAUGCAGACCUCCCCUGCUUCAAUGAUCAACCAGUACAAGUUUGAAGAAGACGCUGAAGACACUAAAGAUAUUUUUGUCACAGUCGAUAACCCAGAGAGUCAUGUAACAGCUAUUGAGACAUACAUAACCUACCGGGUUGUGACCAAGACCACACGGAGCGAGUUUGACUCGAGUGAGUUUGAGGUGCGAAGACGAUACCAGGACUUCCUGUGGUUAAAGGGACGUCUGGAAGAAGCUCAUCCCACGCUUAUUGUUCAUCCACUGCCUGAGAAGUUUGUGGUGAAAGGAAUGGUGGAGAGGUUUAAUGAAGAUUUCAUCGAGACGAGGAGGAGGGCGCUGCACAGGUUUUUGAACAAAAUAGCAGAACAUCCCAUUUUCUCCAGCAGUGAGGAUUUUAAGAUCUUUCUCACUGCAGCACCUGGGGAGUUGACCUCUUAUAAGAAACAAGGUCCAGGGUUUCUUAGCCGGAUGGGGGAGACGGUCAAAGCUGUCGCUGCUGCGGUCAGAGGGGUCAGAAACCGGCCUCAGGAGUUCACAGAAAUGCAGGAGUACGUGGAGGCCUUCAGUCAGAAGAUCAGCUCGCUUGAUAAAGUCACUCAAAGGAUCGUCCGAGAGCAGAAGGAGUACCUGGAGGAGCUGAAGGAGUGUGGGCCGACAUACGCCCUGUGGUCCCAGUCGGAGGAGGAGCUGGCCGAGCCCCUGAAGGACGUGGCAGGCUGUGUGGACAGAUGCUGCAAGGAGACAGAGGAGCAGGUCAAGAAUCUCAAUGAUAACCUGAUUCCAGUCCUUCAUGAGUACGCGCUCUGCACAGACACACUCAAGGCGGUACUAAGGAGGCGAGACAACAUCCAGGCGGAUUUCGAAGCGAAGACUGAAGCUCUUGCCAUGAAGAAGGCAGACAGAGACACGGAAUCUAAGGUGCUGAGUUUAGCAUGGGACAGCUUGGUGGGACGAUCCCCUGAGGAGGUCAAACAGCAGAAACAGCAGAAACUUAAGGGCGAGAUUAAGGAGAUGAGAGAUGAUCUGGAUAAGGCAGAGGACCGGCUGGAGUGGGCAAAUAAUGCACUCAAAAGCGACUGGACCCGCUGGCAAAAGGACAUGAGAACUGACCUACGAUCAGCCUUCGUCGAAAAUAAAAUAAAGUUUAAAGAUAAUUAA